UUCACAUGCUUUGGAACUCUCGUGGUUGAUUUUUUUCUCCCGGCUUUAAAAAGUACGCUGUUAUAGCUGAUUUAUUAUUAUUUAUUUUUAAAAACAUAUUAGAAGUUGUGUCCAGUUGCGCGCGCGGCUGGAGUAAACAGCUGAGAGCAGCAUGGUCAGGUCAAGACGAGUUGUGCGAAGGCCAAAAGCUAAAAAGGUAGAAGAGUACGACAGUGAUGAUCCUGCCUGCUAUAAAAAUGAGGAAGUCCCAGAUGAGAGAUCGUCCAAGAGCGUGCAGGAUAAAAUAGAAGAUUUCCACAGUACAAAAAUCUCAAGUCUUUUGGCUCAAGGUGUGCAGCUGGACAGUGAACAGGAGGAUGAGGCCGAUGAGGAAGAGGUGAUGCCCCUGACACUUGAAGAUUCAGAUGAUGAAGAGGAGGAUAGCAGCAAUGAAGAACAAGAGGAGACUGAUAUGGAGAGUGAUCUGGAAAGAAGGAGGGAUGAUGAUCUGCCAAAUGAUAUGGCCUGGGGGAGCAAGAAGAAAAUGUACUAUGACUCUGAUUAUACCACUAAAAAGGGAAAGUCGUUGGAGGAAGUAGAAGCAGAGGAUAAGGAGGAAGAAGAGGAAGCCAAGAACAUUCAAAAACGACUCGUGGCCCACUUGAGUGAGGAAGACUACGAUCUAAACCUGCUCCAGGAGUUUGCAGUAGAAGUGGAAUCUGAGAAGACUGAAAAGACUGCAGAGAAGGAGCAGAGGAUCGUUAAAGACCUGAACACAAUGUCACAGAAAGAGAAGCUCAAACUGCUGAAGAAGGAGAGUCCAGAGCUCCUGGAGCUCAUUCAGGAUUUCAAGGCUAAGCUUACAGAAUUGCGAGAUGAGAUACAGCCUGUUGUGCAGAUGGUAAAAAAUGGACGGAUUCCACCAGGAAAGGGGGCAAAUUACCUCAAGACUAAGCAGCAACUUUAUCUUAACUAUUGCACAAACAUUAGUUUUUACCUGGUUUUAAAAGCCAAGAGAAUUCCAGCACAUAACCAUCCAGUGAUUGAGAGAUUGGUGACUUACAGAAAUUUAAUCAAUGAACUAGGAGCUGUUGAUGCCAAACUCUCCCCUCAACUGCACCAGCUUCUUUCUGAAGGUCAGGAAAAGAGAGCAGUUAAACAAACCCAAAGCAGCAAAAAGAACAACCGUGAGAUAUCAAAGGUGGCAGAUAUCCAGGAAACUGUAGAGUCUGACAUGGACGAAGAGGCAGCCCUGCUCUUCUACAAAGCCAUCGAGGAGAGACUGAAGCUAAAGAGAAUGAAGAAGAAGAGGCUGCCAGAGGAUGGGUCAGUGAUGGAGCAGGAGGCAGAAGAAGCAGCAGAGGUGGACGGAGCAGCUAAAAGGGGCAUUACCUACCAGAUGGCCAAGAACAGAGGACUCACACCAAAGAGGAAGAAAAUUGACCGCAAUCCUAGAGUCAAACACAGAGAGAAAUUCAGACGCGCCAAGAUUCGCAGGAAGGGUCAGGUUCUUGAGGUUCGGCGUGAGGAGACAAGAUACAGUGGAGAACUCUCUGGCAUUCGUGCUGGAAUUAAAAAGAGCAUCAAGCUCAAGUGAUAAAUCGAGUUAUAUCAAGCGAUUAAAAAGUCAAGUUCGUUCAGUUUGUGUAAAAUCAGAUGUUUAUUUGCGAACCAUUUUUUAUGAUGUGCAUGUUCAUUCAAUAAAUUCUGAGUUGAUAAUCAUGCAGCAGUGAUAUGACUUCAGGACUGAUUACGUUUCCUUGCCUGACUAAUUAUGUCUGGAAAAAGUAAAACUAUCAUUACUUGAUAAACAUACUCAGAAUUAAACUAUGUUUUACAAUGACAAACUUGUAACUCUGCACAUUAUUAAUAACUGCAUGCCAAAGAUCAGUAAAUGGGUGUAUGGGGAAUAUU